AUGGACACCAAAGGCUCGUCGGCCCCCGAGCUGCCUCAGCUGCUGGGCCAGAGCCCUCGGCGGUGCACCCGGGCUCUCGGAGCGGGAGAGAAGAACAUGCUGAGCAGCACCACGGCAGCCCAGGCCUUAGCCACCGUCAUUCGGCCUUGCUACGGCCCCCACGGACGCCAAAAGCUGCUGGUGACUGCUACGGGAGAGACCGUCUGCACGGGCUACACCACGGCCAUUCUCAGGGCCUUAGAGCUGGAGCACCCGGCGGCCUGGCUUCUUCGGGAGGCAUCCCAGACUCAAGCCGAGAGCAGGGGCGAUGGCACGGCCUUUGUGGUCCUCCUGGCAGGAGCCCUGCUUGAGCAGGCCGAGCUCCUGCUGAGGGCCGGCCUACCGCGCGCACAGCUCCGGGAGGCCUAUGCAGCAGCAGCCACCGAGGUCCUGGCCACACUGCCCUCCUUGGUAGUCCGAUCCCUGGGUCCUUUGGAAGACCCUUUUUGGGCCCUCUAUUCUGUGAUGAAUACCCACACUCUGUCCCAGACGGGCUUCUUGACCAAGCUAGUGGCCCAGGCAUGCUGGGCUACCAGGGAGCUAGAUGGAAGCUUCAAUCCAGAGCGCAUCGGCGUGUGCACAUUGCGUGGAGCCACACUGGAGGACUCGUGCCUGCUCCCAGGGCUGGCAGUGGCCGGGAAACCCUGUGGACAAGUAACCAUGGUAUUAAGGGGUGCCAGGGUCGCUCUGUUUGCCUGCCCCUUUGGCCCAGCCACUCCAAACGCACCAGCAACUGCCUGUCUCUCCAGUCCUGAUGACCUAAAUAAAUUUAGGAAUGGAAGCGAGCAACUGAUAGAAAAGCAGGUAUUCCAGCUGGCAGCUAUGAGUAUUAACGUGGCGGUGGUGUUGGGGGAAAUCGAUGAGAAGACCCUAUCACGAGCCGAUAGGUCUGGCAUCAUGGUGAUUCAAGCCAAGUCGCGGAGGGAGAUGGUGUACCUGAGUGAGGUGCUGGACACACCUUUGCUGCCUCAUCUGCUUCCUCCCCUGGUGCCAGGGAAGUGCCAGAGGGUCUACGGACAGGAGCUGGGAGAAGGUUUGGCUGUGGUAUUUGAAUGGGAUUGUCCAAGCUCACCUGCCCUCACUUUGGCCCUCAGGGGGGCCACGACUGAGGGGCUGCGGGGUGCAGAGCAGGCUGCCUACCAUGGAAUUGAUGCCUAUUCCCAGCUGUGUCAGGAUCCCAGACUGCUUCCAGGGGCCGGGGCCACAGAGAUGGCUCUGGCUAAAAUCCUCUCAGAAAAAGGAAGAAAACUGGAAGGGCCUGAUGGUCCUGCAUUCCUAGCCUUUGCCCAGGCUCUGAGGUCUCUUCCUGAAGCCUUGGCAGAGAACGCAGGCUUAGCUGUUGCCAACGUGAUGGCAGACAUGUACGGAGCUCACCAAACUGGGAACUUCCUUGUAGGAGUGGGAGAAGAAGGGUUAAUAAAUGUGGCCCAGGAGCAGGUGUGGGACAUCCUCAUGGCCAAAGCCCAAGGACUUCGUGUGGUAGCUGAUGUAGUGCUACAGCUCGUGACUGUAGAUGAAGUUGUAGUGGCCAAGAAAAGUCCCCCACAACAGCAGGACUUGAAUUCUGAUUCUAAAAAGGCAAAGAAAUGCCCAUCUCUUGUGAAAAAAUAUAUUUGGAAAACAUAA